GGUUCCACGAGUGGCGAGUGGGUUCUCAGCAAAUCGCCAGAAAAUUAGUUGACUUCCUUACUACCCUGUAUUAACGGUGGAUUAUUCUGAAGGCUACCUGGUAGCUAAAGUUUUUAAUUGAAAUGGCUUCGACUAUUGUUUCUGUUCGAGACUUGAUAUUAUUUGGUAUUUUGAUACUGAGCCGGGUGGAUGAUAUCAGUGCGAAAUUCCCGUCGGGCUGCCCGCGAUGUGGCAAAGGGGAAUCUACCUUGAAGGCUGUUGCAAUGCUUUUUCGGCAUGGAGAUCGAUCACCUACGAUGUCAUAUCCAUUGGAUCCCUACCGCGACUAUCCUUGGCCAGGUGGUUACGGAGCUUUAUCAGAGAGAGGGUCUGAAGAAAUGUAUGGCUCCGGAUUGAUAAAGUCCACUCGAUAUUCAUCCCUUCUUUCUAUUGAUUGUGACUCAGAUGCUGCGUGCACUGUAGAUUUUGAUAACAUUCUGGUUUUCAGCAGUGCCGUUCCACGAUGUGUUGAGAGCGCCGAAAGUUUCUUAGAUGGAUUUCUUAGAGUCGAUUGGCCCUCUGAUCUAAUUAACGUCAUACCACAAAAUCAAGAUGAGAUAUUAGCUAUACCAGGAAAAUUGUGCCCCAAAUAUGAAAGCAUCAUAGCAACCGGACCUAGUUUAGAUUCUCGUAAAUUCAAGAAAGUCAUAGAUUUCAGAUCAAGCAAGGGACAAGAGUUUUUAGCUUAUUUGCAGAACCACACGGGCCUCGUUAUAGAUUCCUCUACUGAUAUACUAUUUAUUGCGGAUACCCUAUUUAUUGAUGAAGAUAACGAUCUCGAAUUACCUGCCUGGACUGAGUCUGUUUUUGAGCAAUACCUCUUACCAAUUUUGUCCAUUGUUUAUGAUGCGUUGGGCUCUUCGCAGUACAUGAAAAUUCGAAGUUCGGCUCUUUUUGAGGAUAUGGCGAACAGAUUUGAUAACCUUAUUGAAGGAUUAGAUGAACAAAAUAUUGUGCUGUAUUCAGCUCAUGACGUAACUCUUAAUGGAAUGCUUCAUCUUCUUGGGAUUCGAGAUCAGGCCGAUGCCAGGCCACCCUAUGGAGCCUCACUUAAUUUGGAGCUUCAUGACAACUCAAAGAUAAAAAGUGAUUAUGAAGUAAAGUUGUUAUACUAUGGAUCCUACGAUGACCAGAAUCCAACUGAAAUCAAGAUUCCAAAAUGUCGGGCACCAUGUCCUUACAAGAGAUUUAAGCGCAACAUCGAGCCGAGGCUUAUAGAUGAUUAUGAGAGUGCCUGCUCGCUAUGAUGGGUUGAUAAAUAUUACUAUUAAUAUGGAUUAUACGAAAAGCCACUUGCAUCCUCUUCGUUAUGAAACAUUAACGCAAUUCCAAUUUUCACCAAAUAGAAUAAUAUUCGUCAA